AUGCAUGCAACGCAAAAUUCUAUCAAACUAAUAACAGGAAAUUCCCAUCCUGAGUUGUCCAACUUGAUCGCAGAAAGACUUGGGAUGCCAUUGGCAAAAGUUGGGGCAUUUCAAUAUACUAAUAGCGAAACAGCAGUUGCUAUUGGUGAAUCUGUAAGAGAUGAAGAUGUAUACGUGAUCCAAACCGGGUGUGGGGAACAAGAGAUCAAUGAUUUUUUAAUGGAACUUAUGAUUAUAAUAAAUGCUUGCAAAAUAGCCAGUGCUAGACGAAUUACUGCAGUUAUUCCAACAUUCCCAUACGCUAGACAAGAUAAGAAGGAUAAAUCAAGAGCUCCUAUAACCGCAAAGUUGGUUGCAAACUUAUUACAAACAGCUGGCUGUAAUCAUGUCAUAACUAUGGAUUUACAUGCUUCACAAAUUCAAGGGUUUUUCAGAGCACCGGUUGAUAACUUAUAUGCUGAACCUUCCGUUUUAAGAUAUGUUAAAGAUAAUUAUUCAGACAGUGAAUUAACAAUUGUUUCGCCUGAUGCUGGUGGUGCCAAAAGAGUUGCUUCAAUUGCUGAUAAACUUGACGUUAACUUUGCAUUGAUUCAUAAAGAAAGACAAAAGGCAAAUGAAGUUUCUAAAAUGGUCCUUGUAGGGGAUGUUUCUAAUAAGGUUUGUUUAUUAAUUGAUGAUAUGGCUGAUACUUGUGGAACCUUAUGUAAAGCAGCAGAUGUAUUACUAACUAAUGGUGCUCAAAAAGUAGUUGCUAUUGUCACUCAUGGUAUUUUCUCCUCCAAUGCUAUUGAAAAACUUAAUAAUUCUAAAUUAGAUAAGAUCAUUUGUACAAACACUAUGCCUUUACAAGAUAAAUUAAAACGUUGUCCAAAAUUAGAAAAAUUGGAUAUAAGUCCAACUUUGGCUGAAGCAAUAAGAAGAUUACAUAACGGUGAAAGUGUUUCUUACUUAUUUAAUAAUGCCCCUGCCUAA